UACAUGAUAUCAUACAUGUUGGACAACAAUAUCAUGUCAGUCAAUAUCUACUCUGUGGUUACAGGUCUGCUACUGCCAUGGCUGACCCAUGGUCAAGACCCGACUACCAUUUGUCAGCCGCCACAGAUACAAGUGUCUUUCUACAAUUUCCUAGACAUGACGUACGGGAUCUACUCCAUUGACUUUACAAAGAGCUUAGCAGCAAAAGUUGAAGCUCUUAGCCAGAUAAGAACUGUCUAUGAUUUCAAAACGUUCAUUGCUUACGACAUUACGUCCAGUGGUAAUUGCACCAAGCACGCCAUGAGCUGGACAGAGGUCAUUACUCAAUGUCUUCCAGCCAGUGCCAAGAAAGUGAGCCCCGACAAUGUCUACCUGGGCUACGGUUCUGAAAAGAUUAACAUUCAGACCUGGCAGAUAGACCUGAUCAAUGUAACUCUACAAGUGGCCUUCACCUUUGGAACUAACCCUGUGUAUCCUCUAGUCAGACAUGCAUACAGGCCAGACUUUAAGACACCGGCAAGUAUUGUGAUCUUCUACAACUCUGAGAAUGCAGUCAAUCCUUCACAGUUCAUUAUACCGUCCUCUUGUAUCACCCCAUGAUAUAUGCUUCCACCUAACCAGCAAAUACCGUGAGCAUCUAUAAAUGUGAGAGUACAGUCAACUUUUCACAGUUCAUUAUACAUUGCUCUUGCAUCACCCCAUUAUUCCAGGAUCCCAUUUUCUUGAAGACAAUUCGGGUGUGUGAGAUAUGUGUAUUAUGUAUGAGUGAUGUGUGUGAGUGAUGUAUGCUUCAAUCCAUACCAUAGCACUUUAUUUGUAAAGGAAUAAAAUAACAUGUAACAUGCUUUAACAUAACUUUAUACUGUGUAGUUCUCCCACAUCUUAAUAAUUAAUCUCUUAGUGUUCAUGUACUACAAAUAAAUUCUUUUCAAAAUAAACUAUUGUUUCAUAAUGAUA